GCCGAGAUCAAAGUCAUGUACCUGAGAUGCACCAGUGGAGAAGUCAGUGCUACAUCUGCCCUGGCCCCCAGGAUCGGUCCCUUGGGUCUGUCUCCAAAAAAGGUUGGUGAUGACAUCGCCAAGGCAACUGGUGGUUGGAAGGGUCUGAGAAUUACAGCGAAACUGACCAUUCAGAACAGACAAGCCCAGAUCGAGGUGGUACCUUCUGCCUCUGCCCUGAUCAUCAAAGCUCUAAAGGAGCCGCCAAGAGACAGAAAGAAGCGGAAAAACAUUAAGCACAGUGGAAACAUCACUUUUGAUGAGAUUGUCGACAUUGCCCGACAGAUGCGGCACCGCUCUUUAGCUAGAGAGCUUUCUGGAACCAUUAAAGAGAUCCUGGGGACUGCUCAGUCUGUGGGAUGCAAUGUUGAUGGCCGCCACCCUCAUGACAUCAUAGAUGACAUCAACAGUGGUGCAGUGGAAUGCCCAGCUAGCUAAGAACUGCAAAGAAAAA